AUACACGUGCACAUCGGCUAAUGAUUUCGCAUUGCAUAUACUAAAAACCACGUUUCAACAUAAAACUGUUUGAUUAAUUUUUUCAAACAAUAAAUAUAAUGACCAUAUUAUCAAAUAUCGUUGAUGAUGAUGAUGAUGGUAAACAACAAGAAUCGACAAAUUCAGAAUAUGACGAUAUGGAAGCCAAUAAUAACAACGAUAAUAAUGAUGAUGAUGAUGAAUCAUGUUCAUCCGAUUCUGAUUAUCUAGAUGAUGAAGAAGUUGAUGAUGAUUAUGAUGACGACGAUAACAACAACGAUGACAAUGAUGGCCAAAGUGCCAGUAGUUCAACAUCCCAAAAACGAAUAUAUGUACCAAAUAUUUCAAAAUUAUCAUCCGACGAUAAUGUUGAACAAUUGGAAUGUGAUUAUUCCGCCUAUGUUGUAUAUCAUAAAGCUGAAACAGGAUUUCCAUGUCUUAGUUUUGAUAUUGUUGAAGAUCAAUUUGGUUCAGGUGAACAACGUUCACAAACAUUUCCAAUGACAGCAUAUCUAGUUGCCGGUACACAAGCGGAUAAAGAUCAUCAUAAUCGUUUAUUGGCAAUGAAAUUUUCCAAUAUGAAUCCUGUUGAUGAUAAAAAACAUAACAACGAUGAUGACGAUGACGACGAUGAUGAAGAUGAAGAGGAAGAAACGUUACCCGAUUUAUCCUGCGCAUCGAUUCCACAUUCCGGUUGUGUUAAUCGUAUACGUUGUCGGCGAAUCGGUGAUAAAUUGAUUGUAGCCAAUUGGUCCGACCAUGGUGCCGUACAUUUGUGGAACAUGACCGAUGCAUUAAAUACUUGUGAUGAAGGUGAUUCACAACGUAUAGCCGAUUUUAAUAAACAAAAUUUACAUACAAAACCUAUUUAUUCAUUUAAUGGUCAUCAUUCUCCGGGUUUCGGUUUGGAUUGGUCACCUGUCAACGAUGGUGUAUUAGCUACUGGCGAUUCACAGAAACAUAUUUUCAUAUGGAAUGUUUCGGAUGAUGGAUGGAAAGUUGAUCAACUACCAUUGAUUGGUCAUGAAUCAUCAGUGGAAGAUAUACAAUGGUCACCGAAUGAAUCUACAAUAUUAAGCUCUUGUUCGGUUGAUCGUUCGAUUCGUAUCUGGGAUACACGUAAUCGACGCCAUGAAUCGGCAAUCAUUAUUGCGGAUGCACAUGAAUCGGAUGUAAAUGUUUUGAGCUGGAAUCGUAUGGAAAAAGCAUUCAUAUUAUCCGGAGGUGAUGAUGGUGUUAUUAAAGUUUGGGAUUUACGACAAGUACGUCGUCAAACAAUUAAAUCAUCGAAUGGUGGUUCAACAUCAUCAUCAACAUCGACAAGUGGUGGUGGUUGUAAACCAGUAGCAACAUUUAAACAACAUAAAGGCCCCAUUACAUCGGUUGAUUGGCAUCGAACCGAUGGUACCGUGUUUGCUGCAUCAAGUGAUGAUCAUCAAAUAACACAAUGGGAUCUAUCGGUUGAAACUGAUGAACAACAAGAUGAUGAUAAAGAAACAUCGGCUAGUAAACGACCCAAAACAGAUGAUUCGAUUAGUGAUGGUGGUAAACAACAACGAAAAGAAAUGGAAGAUGAUCCUAUAAUUGGCAAACUACCACCACAAUUAUUAUUCAUACAUCAAGGACAGAAAGAGGUGAAAGAAAUACAUUGGCAUCCACAGAUACCUGGAUUAUUAAUCUCUACGGCUGCAACUGGAUUCGAUAUAUUUCGUACCGUUUCAGUUUGAAUUAUCAUCAUCAUUCGAGAUUUUCUUGAUAAUGAUUCGAAUUUCCUAUUUUUAUUUUUGACCUUCUGCCUUUUUAUAUAUUACCAAUAAUAAUCACUCUUGUAGUGUAUUAUUAUUACUACGAUUUGAAAUUUCAAAUUAAAAUUUCUAUUCAAA